AUGAAUUUUGCUAGAACUGAAAGACGUAAAUCAAUGGCUGAACGUAGACCAAGUACUGUCUAUACUCCACCGGUAAUCCCACAUUUAGCAGGAUUAGAAAAACCUCAAGAUCAAUAUUUAAAAAUGGAUAAUUGUGAUGUAUUAAUUAUUGGUACUGGAUUACAAGAAAGCAUUUUGGCAGCAGCAUUAUCUUGGCAAGGAACUCAAGUAUUACAUAUUGAUAGUAACACAUAUUAUGGAGAUUCUUGUUCCACUUUAACGAUUGAACAAUUGAAGAAAUGGUGUGGUGAUGUUAAUUCAGGGAAAAUCCAUCAAUUUCAAGAUGCUCAGAUUUAUAUUCCUGGUGGUAAACAAAGUAAUCAAUAUACUUCAAAAGAUUAUGGAAUUGAUUUAACCCCUAAAAUUAUGUUUUGUCAAAGUGAUUUAUUAUCAUUACUUAUUAAAUCACGAGUUUAUCGAUAUUUAGAAUUUCAAAGUUUAUCAAAUUUCCAUGUUUUUGAAAAUGAUGAUUUCCAACAAAAAGUUAAUGCUACCACCAAACAAGAUAUCUUCACGGAUAAAUCAUUAUCAUUAAUGACUAAAAGAUAUUUAAUGAAAUUUUUGAAAUUUUUAUUAUUGGAUCCUGAUUAUAAACAACGAGUUAAACCUUAUGCUGAUACUCCAAUACAAGUUUUUUUACAACAAGAAUUUAAAUUAGAAGAGCCGCAAAUUAAUGAAUUGGUUUAUUCUAUUGGAUUAAGUUAUAAAGAACAAACAUCGACUAAACAAGCAUUAAUUAGAAUGAAAAGAUUUUUAAGUUCAUUUGAUGUUUAUGGUAAAUUUCCUUGUAUGGUGUCGAAAUUCGGUGGUCCUGGUGAAUUACUGCAAGGUUUUUGUCGAAGCGCUGCUGUUGCUGGUACAACAUAUAAAUUAAACACCAAUUUAACCGAUUUUGAUCCAAUUUCUAAAAUUGCUCAUUUUAAUGAUGGUUCACAUAUUAAAAUUAAUGAAAAAAUUAUAAUUUCUCCGACUCAAUUACCAAAAUUUUUACAAAGUUCUUAUAAUAAAGUGGUGGAAAAUUUACAACCUUAUUAUGUCACAAGAUUAGUCACAGUUGUUCGUCGUGAUUGUAAAGAAUGGAUGUCAGGUAAUGAAUCACUGGCUAUAGUUGUUUUCCCACCUCAUUCAUUACCAACGGAUAAUCAACAUUCAGUACAAGUGAUUAUACAAAAUGGCAAUUCCGGGGUUUGUCCUGAUGGUCAAGCCAUUUGGUUUAGUAGUACAGUCGAACAGGAUUUGAGCCGUGCUAAAGUUGAUUUAGAAUCUGCUUUUGAAAAAAUGGAGACAUCAUUAUUAAGAGAAAGUUCAGAAGAAAUUGUUAAUGAUAUAUUAGGUGAUAAUAAUAAUAAUAAUAAUAAUGAUUUUGUUAUGAAUGCUCAAGGCACUACUACCCCAGUAUUAGUUAAUUCAUUUAAAUUAGGUUCAUCAUUAAUUAAUUUUGUUCCUAAAGAUAAAUUGGAAAUUGUUUGUAAAUUAGGAUACGUUGAAAAAACUUUUAUUAAUCCUGAUUUAUCCAAUAUUUUCAAACCAACUAAAACCAAUAAUAUUGUUUAUAAAGAUGUUGAAGAUGCUAAUAAUGAAAUUAUUUUUACUAAUAUGCCAAGUUCAGAAUUAAGUUAUGAUGGAAUUAUAACUGAUGUUAAAUCUAUAUAUCAAAGAAUUACUGGGACCACUGAUGAUUUCUUUGAUGUUGAUUUUGAAGAUGAAGAAGAUGAAUAUGAUAGAAAUAAUCAACCAGUAGUUCAACCAAAAAGAAGUUCAGUUGUUGGUGGGAUUGUUGGUGGUGGAUCCAUUACUAGUCUUACUGCUCUUAGAGAACAACAUAAUGAAAAUAAUCAUAGUGAUAAUGCAAUUGAUAGUGAUGAAGAUGAAGAUGAAGAUAUAAAUGAUAUGAAUGAUAUGAAUGAUAAUGAAGAAGAAGAUGAUCAUGGAAGGGGUCCAGAACCUUUUGGUGCUGAUGAAAUGGAACUCUAA